CAGCAACCGAGCCAUCCUAAGAGCCCUUUUUGCGUUCCACAUCUACCUCGGCUCUCUGCCCGCUCCUCACAAUGGCCUAUCCUGACGUGUCGUUGGAGUCAGGUAAUAAUCCCCACGGCGAGGAUGAACCUUUCCUCCCUAGAGGGCAACCUGCCAGCCAAGCUGGCUGUAGCGGGGCUCCAGAGCCAAAGCUGUCACCACGUACCCGUCUGCGCCUGGUCAUCACCGUGGUCGCGAUUCUGUUGAGCUUCCAAGUCGGCGGCCAGAUGAUCGGGGGUCCAAUGGUGCGGGUGAUCGAGAUGAUCGCCUGCGAUAACUAUUGGCGUCGACACGACCCAGCUCGACUGCCCGCCUCCGGCCAUCUGCCCGAGCACCUGUGCAAGAUAGCAGAAGUGCAGACCGAAGUCGCUACGGUGAAAGGAUACUCCGACUUGCUCGAGGGACUACUGUGCGCCAUCUGCGCCAUUCCCUACGGACUGCUGGCGGAUCGGUAUGGUCGCCGACAAGCUAUCCGCCUCACUAUUCCAGGGUUUCUGCUCAAUGCGAUCAUCACCAACACCGUUCUAUGGUUUUCGGGCACUUUCCCCCUCCGUGCGAUCUGGCUCGCCGCACUCAGCUGGAUCAUCGGGGGAGGACCAGCCGUGGCACUGGUCGUGAUUUGGGCCAUGCUGGCUGAUCUGGCCACCGAUGCGCAACGCGCAGCGCUGUUCUUCCGGGUCGGACUUGCCAGUCAAGUGGCAAGUUUCCUGGCCAGCUUGAUCAGCUCGGGACUCAUGGCUCUCAACCCAUGGAUCCCGCUGCUAAUUGGUUGUGGUACGGUGAUGAUAGGCCUUGGCUGUGCGCUGUCACUUCCCGAGACCAUGAAUAUGCCCGUGAGAAGCAAAGAGCCAGCAGCACCAAGCCCAGACGAGCUGGCACGUCUCAUCCAUCCUUACCUGUUCAUCUUCCACCAGCAAUCACUCUUGCUCCUAUUCUCCUUUGCAACAGUCGAGCUCGUGCAGCGCUCCUUCCCGUUCCUAACCCAGCACAUUUCAAGACGCUUCGCCUGGACUUUGGCGCAAGCGAACUUGAUCGUUUCCUUCCAUGCGGGGAUCACCAUCCUCGUCUUCCUGUUCCUCCUCCCGUACCUCUCCCAAAAGGUUUUGCACUAUUUAUCCCUCCCACAAAGAGACCUGCAGGUCGCGCGUCUCAGUCUUGCCGCUCUGCUCCUGGGGUCACUCGGAAUUGCUCUCUCGCCAUCAGUCUUCUUUUUGAUUCCCAGUGUAAGUGUUUAUGCGGCGGGAGCGGGUUUUGCCCUAACCAUGCGGUCGCUGGCUACCGCGUUGGUCAAACGCGAGGAGACCGCGCGACUGUAUUCCGCGAUCGAGAUCCUGCAGUACGUGGGCAAUAUCCUGGGUAGCCUGUGCUUUACGAAUAUGUUCAAGCUGGGAUUGCAGAUUGGCGGACUGGGGUCCGGGUGGGUGUGGGUGUUGGGUAGUCUGCUCUAUGGGUUGGUGGGAGUCGCAUUGACACUUGUACGGGUAUAGACCUGCAUACCCCUUGCGGCCCCAAAGGACUGGCUCUUU